CAGACAUCUACACAGCUGUGCUACAGCUGCGCAGCCUUUGCUUAGCAAGCGGAAAUAGCUUUGCUGCAGCGGCGCUCGAGCCGUGCGAAUUGAGCGGUCUGCGGCGGGCAGUGUGGCCAGCGAGGCAGCAUCCACCAGAGGAGCUGCAGGAGCUGCACCAUGCGCGCCCUGAGCUACUGUGCGCUGAUCGCCGCGACGCAAGCCGCGCUCUACAGCGACGAGACCUACGAUAAAUUAAGACGCCUCUUCGGCCGCGUCUCCCGACAGGCGCCUGCAACGUCGUCGUCGGUCGAGCGCCACUACCAGAAAGUCGAAACCGCGCUCAACGAGGCCACGCGGAAGCGUCUAGAUGAUCUACUUAAAGACACGACGACCGAGAAGUGCCGCGAGGAAGUCACCUCGACGUUCAUCGACUCCUACAAAAGACAGAUCAGCGAGGACUGGUUACCCUUCGAAAGGACGGGCUACGUCUCCGACUGCCCGUCACAACGCGACAAUGCACCUCGCGCUCCACGGUUACGAGCGGAGGACAUUCGCUUGGCGUAUUUGUUAGUCGUGCAUGAGACACCGCAGCAAAUUACACGCUUGAUAGAAUCUCUGGAGGAAGGCACGCGACAUAAUUUCAUCAUCCACGUCGACGACAAGCCCCAAUCUCAAUCGACAUAUAAUUACUUGCUGAACUAUGCCUCAACAAGAUCACACGUCCACGUUCUCGAGACCGGACGGCAAUCUGUCAGCUGGGGAGGUUUUAAUGUGGUGCAAGCCACGCUAAACGGCUUAGCGUAUGCCUUAGAUGUGUUGGAUGGUAAAUUUGAUUGGAUCGUUACGGCGUCCGGCUACACCUAUCCGUUGGCGUCGAACCGAAGGAUCCGAGAAGAAUUAGCAAGACACCCGUCGGACACGGAGUUCCUGGAGAUCCGACCCCAGCCCAACGACCCCAUGCCGCGGGCCUGGCACCAGUUCGUCGAGUGCGACGGGAAGAUGCGACGGAUCACGCGAUUGCUACCGCCGCGGAAAAUUAAAAUGUACAUGGGGUCCCAGUGGAUGGUCAUCACGCGCGACUUCGCCGCGUAUGCUACCGGUAGAGAGUCGCCGCGGCAACGUCGAAGUUUCGCGUCGCAGUACGCGCCGUACGGCCGGUACACGAUGGUCGCCGACGAGAACUUCUUUACCACAGUCCUGAAGAAUUCACCGAUGUGCCACAAACACUACAACCAGAAUUUCCUACAUGUGCAGUUCGACCAGUGGGAGUCUGAUAAAGUCGAGGGUCCCGCGCAGAACAAGUGUCUGCAGCCCGAUCCGCGGCACUGCGGGCGGUCGCCUACGACUCUGACGUUGGAUUAUAUGCCCGUGUUGGAGUUGGGCGGCGCCUUAUUUGCGAGGAAGUUCGACGCGACGUACGACGCCAAGAUCUUAGAUGCGAUCGAUGCGAACAGAGCGUUACAGGAUACGGCAGGUUAUUCAGAGAAGCCGCGUCAGUACUUUGAAAAUAUAAGAUUCGUGCGAGAAGCGCAGAAUGGCGUCGAGCUAUGUGUUUCUAUGUCGAAUCAAGCUGAGAGAAGUAUCUAUGAGGUGUCCCUGAAGCCCUGUGAUAGAAGGGACGCGUCCCAGAGGUUCAACAUCGGGCCCUGUUCGACGGACGGCCAUAUUGAGUUGAGAUCAGGGAGACAGGCUCUCGUGAAGCCCGGCGACCACUCUCCAUCACCUUUUUGUCCGGUCGCACAUGUGGAAGGGCGGCGGAUGACUUGUUUGGACUUAAACGGCGAAAGCAUUGCGCCGGGCACGCGCAUCAUUGGAUUUCCUUGUAAUGGGCGGUGGAACCAGCUCUUAGCGUUAGGUACGGGUGCUCGAGGACAACCGGAGCAGGGCUCGGUCUACAUCAACGUGCCGUAUCCUAGACAUCCUGUCAGACAUUUAUGUAUCGACGCGCCGCCGCCGACGAACGCGAAUCCGGCGCCUUCUCUCGUCGUCCAGAAGUGCUCCGGGGCGGCGUCCCAAUUGUUUCGGGUCGAGCCGGUGUCGGACUCCGCUUUAUAUGAACGGCCGGCGGCGCCGCCGCGCGAGUCCGAUUAUCUGCAGGGGGGCGAGGAGCUUUAAGUGCGUGGUAUAUCGUG